AUGAAGGACGUUCCUGUGCAGCACUGGAAUAUGGGCAUUGGACCAAUUACAUGCCAUGCAUGGAACAAGGAUCGAACUCAGGUUGCCGUAUCAGCUUCGAGCAACGAGAUUCAUAUUUUUGCAUGGCGAAAUGGUGAAUGGGUGAACACGUUCACUCUAAGCGAACAUGACCUUCCAGUGACAGGGAUUGACUGGGCUCCCAAUACGAAUCGUAUUGUAUCGUGUUCAAGGGACAAGAAUGCAUUUGUCUGGACUUUCGACAAUAGCGUCUGGAAACCAGAACUUGUGCUGGUUCGGUUUCAACGUGCUGCGACGUGUGUCAAAUGGUCUCCUGAAGAGAAUAAGAUAGCUGUUGGCAGUGGAUCGAAAUUGGUAUCGGUUUGUUACUACGAACGCGAAAAUGACUGGUGGGUUGCAAAGCAAAUCCGAAAACCCAUUCGUUCAACUGUUAAAUGUAUCGACUGGCAUCCUAACAAUGUACUUAUUGCUGUCGGUGCUUGUGAUUUCCGUGCAAGAGUUUUUUCGGCAUGGGUGAAGGAGGUCGAUGAGAAACCGUCCCCGAAUCCAUGGGGUUCGAAGAUGCCAUUCGGUCAGCUUAUGGCGGAGUUUCGGAUUUCCGGUUGGGUUCAUCACGUUUCGUUCUCCCCAUCAGGAUGUAGGCUGGCUUUUGUUGCUCAUGAUUCUUCUGUUUCCUAUGUGGACGCUAAUCAGGAUAAUACUGUCGCUCACACUCUCCGAACCAAAUGCCUUCCAUUCACGUCGGCAGAGUGGGUUACCGAAAACAGCAUUGUAGCUGCUGGUCAUGACUGUUCUCCUAUUCUCUUCACUAUAACUGGAGAAGGUUUAAAAGAAGUUUGCAAAUUAGAUGUUCCUCCUGAGCAGCGAACUGCUUCUGUUAACACAGCACUUCAGAUGUUCCGUAAUAUUGACAGAAAUGCAGCUUCUGAACAAGUUGACGUAAAGUUGAAAACUCUUCAUCAGAACAUGAUCACACAGAUUUUACCGCAUUCUGGAAGCAAGAACAAUGUGAUCAAGUUUACCACUUGUGGCACCGAUGGCUUGAUUGCUGUCUGGGAUCUUAAGGUAUCACAUAGCUUUAUCAAAUUUUUAUGUUCAUUUAUGUUUAUGUAG